UCCCCGUCCUCGGCCACGGCGAGCGGCGAGCAGCAGAAAGAGACAGUGCCGGCGGGGGGCGAAGAGCCCCCUGCUUUUCCCUGCAGAGCCGGGGGCAGCAAGGGUUCAAUGGCUAUUCAGAAUCUGAAGUGGAAGAAGCUGCAUAUCACCAGCUGCUGAACCAUCUGAGGACCACAGACCUAUAGUUGAAUCCCCACCAUCACUGGAUGACUUACCUGGCGUGGAAGCACCAGCAUCUGCAGCCCAGCCAUAUGUAGUGGAAUUGCCAGUGUCUGCAGACCACCUGGCUGUCAAGAAACCAACACAUUCUGAGUACCACUUCCUGCACAUUGUAUAGUCUGCAUCAGGGAAAGCUCACCUGAGAUCACACUGUGGGAGAACUUCCAUGUUUCAAAGUCAAGAUGUACACCUCUGAAUCCACACAGGAUGGCACUAACACUAUUGAGACUGUGUUGUCAGCAGCAGAGAUUACAUUUGAAUCAUUGGAGAAUCCGGAAGCUUUUGGAGACCCCUAUCAAGUCGCCAUGAAUUAUGUGGAGGAACAUAAAAUUCUACAGAUAUUUCAGGAUAUCACGGAAAAACUGCUGAUCCAAAAGCCUAAUGACCCCUUGCAGUUCAUAUUGCAGGAGGUGCAGUCUAUGAUAAAUGCCAGGCAAGCAGAACCGGAGAGACUAUCGGAAUAGAACAAAGAUGCGUAGAUGUUUCUAGAAGAGGGCCUGCGUACUCCUUUUGGCCCCCAUUGCUGUUGUGGUAUUGCCACAACAUGACUUCAGAACACCAUGUCAUCAUUGGCAAUAACUUGGAAAAAAUCUGCUUGUCUGUCUCUUGCCUGUUUUCUCUGUUUUGUAUGCUUGUGCUUCCCCUUUGGUUUGAAUCCAGCAACCAAGUUUUGCUUUGGAAUCACAGACUGAGAUCUAAAUGUGCAUAGAUCUGUUUGCACAUAUGGCACAUCUUGAAGAGACAGGUCUGCUGAACUUCUAUGCAUAUAAAUGCAUAAAUCUCAUAUUUAGGCCGCUCCAGACUCUGCCUUUCUGUGCAGCUCAGACAAUGCAAGAACAAAAGCAAGUAGAGUCAAAAAGAAGCCCUGGACAGCCCACCGCCUUCUUUUUUUAUGUUGCAUUGGUGGCUUACUGUGUCCAGUUAUGCAGCACCAAUGCCUAUUUAAUAUGCUGGUAGUUUGUGUCUGGGCUUUCGCAGUGCUUCCAGAGCUCCUCUAAUGCAAAAAGCUGUCUCUCUGCCUCUUCCAAACACUGUAUACAGCUGUCUCACCCUUAAUCAUCACUGUUGGACACUGAUCACUCUGCUUUUUGAGGUUGCCCUGCCUAUAUCAUUGUAAGUACAGUGUAUAACCAGAACAGUAAAGCAACAGUUGCGCACACCCUUUAUGCUUUCAAAAGAUAUUGUCACUCAGG